GAUUUAUAACAUUCCCGUCAAUUGGAGUAACGUAAGCUUCCAAACAGAUAUUUAUAUCACGCACAACGAAUUCCAGGAUUAGGGUUUCACCAGCCGGCACUUCCUCUCUGCUUCCAGCUCCCAAUCCCUUUGCUAUAGUCGAGGAACCUGCUACUCAGCCACCAUGGGGAAGACUCGUGGAAUGGGAGCUGGUCGUAAGCUCAAAUCCCAUCGUAGAAGGCAGAGGUGGGCUGACAAGUCAUAUAAGAAGUCCCACCUGGGAAAUGAGUGGAAAAAACCAUUUGCUGGAUCAUCCCAUGCAAAAGGCAUUGUCCUAGAAAAGAUUGGCAUUGAGGCUAAGCAGCCAAACUCUGCUAUCAGAAAAUGUGCUCGUGUUCAGCUGAUCAAGAAUGGAAAAAAGAUCGCAGCUUUUGUACCUAAUGAUGGUUGCUUGAACUACAUUGAGGAGAAUGAUGAGGUAUUGAUUGCUGGAUUUGGGCGAAAGGGACAUGCUGUGGGAGAUAUCCCUGGAGUUAGAUUCAAGGUUGUGAAGGUAUCUGGUGUGUCUCUGCUGGCUCUCUUCAAGGAGAAAAAGGAAAAGCCAAGGUCAUAGGUUCAUUGUGGGGAGGCCUUCCAUCUUCGACCUCUUUUAUUUUAUCUCACUUCUCUUUUUGGUUGAUGAUGCUUGGUAUUCAAAGGGUACUGCUUGCAGCAAGUAUUCGGUAAGAAGUUUCUACGGGAAUUGUUUACUACCUACUUUAGAACCUAGUUCUGUCCUUAAAAAUUCAAAAAAUUGAGUGCUGAUUAUUUUUAGGAAGACCUGGUCGGUAACUUCCUGGAUUUUGUCCCAA